AUGGCCUACUGGGGAUAUGCUACCACCCCAUGGGGCAUUUUAAAAAUAGUUGGAUUCAUUCUUGGACUAACCACAAUGAUUGUCAUUGCUGUAGUCCUCCCUGUCCAGGACAGUUCUGUGCCUUACCCUCCUGGUGGAACCGUACAUUCUGAGGUGCCUGAAUUGAAGGCAUGCGGUUUUCUACUCUUCAUGUCGAUUUACGUCUGGGAAGCAGUUGUUCUGGGUCUAAUGGUGGUGUUGGCGUUGAUAGCUUUUAUUAUUGCCACCAUUAUUGCUGCUAAGUGUGGUCAAAAAUUACAAGAAUUACAACAAGUACCACAACAAAACCCUCAACCACCACAACAAGAGAUUGAACAGGCUAAACAGGCUGAACAAGUCUACAAGCAGUACAUGGAUGCUUCAAUCGCCGUGACAGUAUGUCCCGCCUAUAUGCCUUUUGACUGA